AUUCUAAUAACGUGAGUGGUUCAAAAUGUCGCCGGGUAGGGGUAGUUGAUCUUAAACUUAACGUGAAAUAAAGUGUUGACUUAAGUGCGCGUCUAUGUAAUUUAAGCAGUGGUAUCGAUUAGUUUAUUGGCAAUAUAAGACAAGACAAUUCGUGUGCAUUCAACUGAGCACUCGAAAUUUUACUAAUCGCUUAACUUGAUAAAUAGAUCAGCUGUUAUAUCGGAGAUCUCUGCAUUUGGACGUGCGUUUAAUCCGUGUGAGUUAUUAAGGGAGAUUGGAACAAUAAAAUGAUUAUUAUUGUAUAAUUAUAAUUAACCUUUUAUUGUGCGUUUAAAAUAUCUAACGGUGUUUCAAUUAAUUAAAAUUUAAAAUAAACUAAGUUUAAGCGUUGUUUUGUCCUAAAAUACAUAUGGAACCGUAGUUUUUGUUGUGCAAAGAGUUAAGUGGAUACAUUGACACACAUUAUUGAAAGGAUUUCUAAUCUGGAUAUGUGACGGCGAAUCCUAAUAGUUUGAGAUAAAAUGACGGAAUAACAUUUCUACAAAACAACGUUCAGCUAUUGACGUAAAGGUUAGACGUCGACAUCGACGCAAUGGGUGACGAUACGCUGUGUGUGGGGGACGUCGUUUGUCUUUAUUCGGCCGAAUCAUACGGCUUUGUAUUCUCCUCACAGAGCAGUUCUAUACACAAUGAGGUUGCUGUUGGGUCCAAACAGAACAAAGAAAAGCCAGACUUCAAAGAUCAAAAUGUAUUCUCGUUCGAAGUGUGUGUGGCCAACAGAUACAAGCUGAACAAAGAGCUGCGGAAACUACAGGACAAGAUUGAGGAGGACCCAGAGAACUAUGUCCUGAGAAGUCAGCUGCAUGGGAAAGAGCAAGCGGCCAAAUCAGAAACAGACGAUAAUGAGCAGGAACAGAGCAGACAACAGGGGAAGAAACUCUUGUAUGGUCAGAUCAUUCAGCUGAAGCACCGGUUCACUCAGAAGUUCAUCCAUGUUAGCACCACAAUCACAUCUCCGACUGAAAGCAACAACAUGGCUGUUGAACUUCAAGAAUUUAAUGCCAAGCACGCACAAUUCAAGGUCAUGCCUCGUUACAAGGUUAAAGCAGAAGGUGAUGUGGUGCAAGUAGAUGACCAGGUUGUGUUUGAGAGCAUCAAGUCCCAUGGACAGUACCUUCAUGUGUCGAAAAAUGUCCUUGGCACCGUGUCUGUCUACAGCAAAAACUUUGAGUUGAACCUCUCAAUACAUCAGUCUGGAUUCACAAUCAUAAGAAAAUACAAGCCCUCUCCUGAAGAUGAGAAGAAAGUCAAGGCUGGGGACAUUGUGCGGUUUUAUCAUAAGGAGAUGGAGGCUUACAUGGUGGCAGAGGGUCUUUUUGACGACGUACUCACAGAAGAUGUGCACUUGAGGAUGCGUCCAGUUGACCAGUCUAACCCCAAGACGCUGUUUCCUAGCAGUUCUGCUGUCACAUACUGGCAGAUAGAGCUACAGGAGGGCAGCACUGCUGGUGGCGUCCUGAAAUGGGAGCAGCAGUGCCGCCUGAUGCACAUGUGCACACGCAAGUACCUGUGUGUGGACCAGGGGGGCAAGGUGACCCUAACGUCAGACCAUCAGGACCCAAAGACGGUGUUCAGACUCCACCCUGUCAUGAGGGAGAGUGAUGACAUCCCACAGGACAGUUACUGCAGGAUGGAGCAUGUUGUAUCGGGUCAAUGGAUGCACGCAUGCACAGAGAAGUAUAGUAAGAAGAAGCAGGAGGAGGCAGCAAAAACCGACAGCAAGUCCAUGGUGUCCCUCAAGUGGAGCAAGGCCCAGCUCAGGAGGAUCUCUGUUGUGGAUGAGAAGCAGUAUGAUGAUGCAUUCACGCUGCAGUCAGUGGACCAGGGCCUUGAGGAGAUCUUCAACUUUAUGGCCGGAAUGGUGCCAUUUAUACAGAAAGUGGUAGCAGAUAAGAAAAAUGGCGUGAUUCUGAAUGCAAAAGCUGCCCACAAGGUUAUUACAGGCCUGUCAGAGAUUGCUGUGUUCAUGAUUGUGGGUGGAGAGCCGGUCAAGCAGCGGCAGAAACUGAUGAGGAACCUUCGGAUGGUGGAGCUACUAAUUGGACUUCUCAAAUGUCCUUUCAACGGUGCAGACCAGUAUCACAUGACCGGCAUCUUCAAGGCAGCAUAUGAAGUUCUUUACAGUUACCUGAACGGUGACUCACGCAAGAACGAGCUCUAUAUCGCCAAGUACAUAGAUUUCUUCUUGACACAGUUUGAGAUCAAAGAGGGAAAGAUUGGCCUGAAUGCAGCUCACAUGGUGAUGGAACUCAUUCGAGACAAUCGCAAAAUCUUGGACCGAAUCACGCACGACCACAUCGACAGGUUCAUUGACCUGCUGAAAAGAGAGAAAAACUACCGCUACCUGGACCUGCUGACCGUGCUGUGUGUGUGCGACGGGGUCUCCAUCGCAGACAAUCAGAAGUACAUCACGGAGGUCUGGCUCAUGAAAGGAACACAAAACUGUGUGUUUUUCACUGAGCUGGGGCAGAAGAUUGGAAAGGAGUCUGGGCAGAUCUACGUCUCUACAAAUAAUGGCGCCAGUUACGUUGAGCUUCACACAUUUGCCAAUCGCGACAAAGAGGAUGAAGAGUAUCUAUUUUUAGAACAUCAGCUGGAACUGUUUGGCUAUCUUUGUCAUGGCCAGAACAGCCACUCCAUACAGGUGAUAACAACCCAACUCAACUACCUGACAUGGGAAGAAGCGUUCUUGUGUCUCAGUGACUCUCAACUCCCGGACCAACUGCGUGCCAAGUACUGCGACCUGAUCAUCACCAUGUUUGUUGACAUAUCUGACAACCAUUCGGUGGUGGACCGGGUAAAAUUGUCCUACAUCUACGAUGAUAUCGACGAUGAGGAGAAUUUGACUUUUGAAAAGGACAUAACGGACAACAGCCAGUCGCUGACGUACCAGUACUUUCCCCAGAUCAGUGAAUGGAUUUCAGACUUCCUUGGUCAGAACGGAGACAUGACGGCCUCCAUGAUUGGCAACAACAUGCUCGUAAAACAGGUCCUUCGUUUGGUGCACUACCUGGUGUUAUUUGGCUACUACGACGGGUCUGCAGAGAUCAAGAGGAUGCUGAGCCCCCUGAUGAGUCUUUUGGAUGGGCGCAAUGACAAACCUUACCCGAAAAUAGAAGGUAAAGAAGGUCAGGAAAUGUUGCAGGUGUACCAAGAGUCAGGCAGGUUUAAACCGAGCAUAGAAACAAAGGCAAUUGUGGAUGCCAAGUGCCAAGCCCUGGAAGUAUUGGAUCUAUUCUUCAACUUCAUUUUCAACAUUCGUCUUGAGAAAUUCAUCAACUUGUUCAAGACAACCCAGCAGAUUUUAUCAGAUCCAAAUAGGUCGCACUCCGGAGAUGUGGCUGAGUAUGCUCCCAUGAUGGCAGAAAACUUUGUGCUGGAGGAAAACCUGAGUGUUGCAAAGGCUGGUUUGAGGAAGCUGACAGAAAUCUUCGAAGUAACCUCAUUCCUCAAGAAUUACGACCUUGUGGAUAUUCUCCUGGACCUCUCCAACUAUGAGUAUGAUCAGAUGGUACGCAAGUCUAUGCACCUGCUCAACCGUUACUUCUCGGCGCACAAUGAUCUCUUCAUGCGAGCGAUGCAGGCUCAGGUGUUGAUAAACGACUCCUCGGUGGCAGUGUACAAUGACCUUGAGGAAAAACUGCCCCAGCUGCGCCAUCUGUCCUCAAACAAACUGGGCGACCAUGAGGCUUCCAAUCUGGCACAGAUACUGGAUGUUCUGAUACAUUACUGCCACCUGGAGGGUGAGGAAGAGGAACAUCAUGCCAUGAACCAGAGCAUCCUCUAUAACAACGGAGUGCUGGAGGAUUGCUUUAUCAUUUUGGAGCAAGAAAUAGACGUCAAACUACUGGACCAGUACAAAGGCCUCCGUCAAGUGUUUGAGAAGACGUUCACGCUGAUGCGAAGGCUUGCCAAGGGCAAUGAGGUUGUACAGGAACGCCUCUUUGAUCGCCUUGACCUCCUCCUAGCAACCGAGGGGGCUGCUCCUGAACUAGCUGAGGCCCUAACUGAGGUGUUCACCAAUAACACCCAUACCUGCAUGAAGAUAGGGCAGCAACAGGUGCAGAAGAUCAUGGCCCUGGUGGCCACCCACAAGACCGCUGUGCCCCAGUUCCUUGACCUUCUUAUAGCCAUUGUCAAGGUUGAGGAGCUUGACCUUCCGCUCAAACGAAAUCAGAGCUUUGUGAUGACCUUCUUUAUGCAGUACAGAACUGAGGUGGCGUUCUUGAUUGACAAGGAUGAGAAAGCUAGGGAAGCCAUUCUUACAUCCAGCAACUCUCGAGAUCUUAACUUCCUGAUUUCCAUGGUGGACCUGUUGGCAACAUGUGCUGAAGGUGAGAACCGCUUUAUUGAGUCGAUCUGCCAGACAAUCUUCAAGAUUCCCGAGCUGUUGAAGAUCCUGAACAACCCGAACAUCAGUGACAACCUGAAGCGACCUUUUCUGCGUUUCUUCGUCUGGGUGUACCUGAACACAGCCGGCGGGAUGAUAGAGAGUGGAGCAGGGGACUUACCACAUGACCCUGCCAUGUGGGGCUACCUGAUGAGCCUGUGUGGCACUUUAGAGACAGUCACAGAGUAUGCAAACAACAACCCGGCCAUCGUGAAACAGCUCCUCAAGAAACCGCCCAGUAAAAAUGAGAGAGGAGCGGACCGGUCUGAGCAGAUGAGAGGCUCCCUUCACUACUUGUUUGAUGCCGUCAUGCCAUUCCUUCAGGUGUUUUGUCGCAGCUACUACCAGCCAGAUCUGGCCAGCCACCCCUCAGAGCCCGCCAACAUUGAUGUGCUGGCAAAGAAGUUUGAGAUGUUCCUAGACGUGUUGUCGCCCUUGGUGAGUAUGGAGCGUCAGAUGCAGAGCCUGGUGUCAUGCAUGAGCGUGCUGUUCUCGCGCUCAACACUCGACACCGAGGAGAUGGGGGCUUUCCAAGAGAAAUAUGGCAACGGUCUCAACUGUCAGGAUGUCAGGAGUGAAGCUCGCAAGGCCUAUGAGGAAUGCUACGAGGGGGAGGAAGACAUCAACCGCAAACUGAACGUACUUGCCGAAAACAUGAAACUGGCUUAUGGUGGGGUAAAUGAUGUGCAGACACAGAUUGGCUAUCCGAGCCAUGCCCCCUACUCGGAGGUGGGAGGUGAUGAGGAGCUUCCCCUGGGCCCAGAGUUCCAAGCUCACAUCAACAUCUUCAUCAAACCUGAGGAAACCGAUCCUGAUGAGAAGUACAAGCUGGCUGAGAAAAUCGUCAAUGCUCUCUCGAUUUCCAUGAAGCUUACUGAUCUGAGCGAGAAAGAAAGAAUUGAGCAGUUGGAUUUGGACAUAAAAUGCUUACAGCUUCUGCGUGGCAUCAUUCACAACGAGAUCGUGAAAUUACCAGAGGACUUUGAAAAUGACAUAAAUUCGUGCAAAAAGCAACUGCAUGCCAUAGAAAAUGCUCAGAAUGCUCUUAACAAGAUGAAUAGCAUUGAAGGAACACUUGAACACCUUUCACGCCCCAACGACAUGGUCGUGCGAGAGUUACUGGCCUUCCUGGCGGCGCUGUUGUUCAACGGCAAUGAGGAAGUGCAGACAAAUAUGAUUGAGUUUUUUACUGGCACAAGAGAGGAAACCUUUUUCUUGGCAAUUAAAAAGCGCAUGACUAUGUCGACUAUUGCAACACGAGAGAGGCGUGUGCUACAGGCAAUGCACCAGGCCAAGGUGGAGGAGGCACUGGCCCAGGCCAAGGAGCUCAAGAAGGCGAUGGCCCAGGGGAACAUGGCUACCAUGGCUGUGAAGGCCAUGAACAAGUCGAUGACCAACUCUCUCAGCUCUCUGGCAAAUCUUGGAGGGCAUCUUAGCCGGCCAAUGAGCUUGCGUCCACCCACAAGAGGCCGUACAAGAUUGAACCUCACCUCUGCUCUGAGUACUCAUAGGGAAAUGACAACCCUCACGAGCGAUAACCUUCUGUUGCCUGGGAAACACGGCACACUGAACGGAGGGUUCGAGAUGAAGACACUGGGCGCCAGUAGGCAGAGCCUGCGGUCAAAAAAGUCAGGGGCAGCCAGACCGACCACAGUAAAGUCAGGGGCAGCCAGACCCACCACAGGAAAGAAUCAAGUGAUGCCCAUAAUUGAAAUCGAGGGUGUAGAACAAGAAGAACUGAACGAGCUGAUAAGUCAGACAGAAAUGCCUGACCUGAGUUUCAAAGAUGACGGCUACAUUGAGCUGGUGCUGAGAAUCCUGGGUCUCAUGUGUGAUAAUCAACAUGCUGGACUACAGAACUACCUACGAGAGCAGCCUGACAACAUCAAGUCUGUGAAUCUGGUUGCCGAGACGACCAAGUUCCUGACGAUCCUGUACGCCAAUAUCAGCAGCAGCUCCAUCGCACUCAUCACACAAGUGUUUGAGACCCUUGUGGAGUUCACAUCUGGUAACCCUGUAAACCAGUCAGUGGUGUUUGACAACAAGAUAUGCGACUAUGUGAACCACAUUCUACGUGUUGGAUCCUAUAAAGACUGUACGGCGGAAGAGGUAUUCUCACUGAAGAGAGCAAUUGGGAUUUUAGUGAGGUGUUUGACUGAGGAGAACACACAAGGUCUUGAUGAAGAACAACAAUCAAGUUUGCCAAAGUUUGGGGAGUAUGCACGACUUAAAGACGGUGCAAAGGAGGUGAUGGAGUAUUUAGACAUUGAUGUCCUUGUCACCACAAUGACAGAUGCAUAUAAGGCCUUCAUGGCAAGAGAGAUGGAUUUUAAGAAGUCCCGAGAGGAUGAGGAGCUGGAUAACCUGAUACAUGGUGUAGGCUUCCAGUACUACCACCUGCUGGCCCGUGGCAUGGACCUCGACCCGCAGGGCAUCACCAGGGAAAAGUUACUCAAGACUGAGGAGUCAAGACUCGCCUUUGAGUUCUAUGAGAGUCAUACGCUGUCCAUUGAGAUUGUCAAGGACGAUGUCCUUCAGAAAAUGUACUUCAGGGUCAAGGACAAGAAUGUUCUGCGUGAAGAGGUCAAGGAGAAGUUCAAAUAUGAGGUGGAUCGAUCCUCGCCUAGCAACAAGAUCCGUGGCUUCAUAGACUGGUCCAGUGACAUCAUUAAGGAUAUCAAGUACCAGCGGCGUGUCCACGCAAAUCCUAUUGGGCGUCUGCUCAUCAAUUUGUGGAACCCCUUGAACUACCUGAUGAUGCUGAUAACCUUGGCCAUAACUGUUGUAGUCAUGGUAACCUGGGAUGGCAACAUCGAAGAUCAACCCAGAUACAAGCCAGGCUUUCGCUGGAUUGGAGGCAAGACAGCCAUCUAUGUUCUUGGAGGCAUACACAACUUCCUGUCGCUGGGUAUCUUCAUCAGCUACGUGAUCUCAAACAGACCCACCUUCCCUUCCUUCACAGACAUGUUCAGCAUAUCCAGGGAUGAUGACUCUUCUGAGGGCGAUCCUGACGGAGGCUGGAAUGACAAGAAGGGGGAGUCCCAUCUGGAAGUGAAGGCAUACGGCCUACAGACCAUCUACUUUGUGAUAUUCCUGGGCUGUUCCAUAGCGGGCACAAUCACAGAGGGAUAUUUCUUUGCAUUCCACCUGUUGCACAUCACCGUGAUGAACCAGCUGCUAAAGCGCGUCAUACAGGCCGUCACAACCAAUGGUCUAUCCCUUUGUUUAGUAGCCCUGCUUGGUCUGGCGAUAUUCUACAUCUAUGCCUUGCUUCUCUUUGCCUUCUACUCACCAAUAUGGACAAGGGAAGAUGGGAAACAUUGCCAGACAGUGUACGAGUGCUAUGUUUCUGUCAUACACCACGGUCUGGCCGACAGCGUUUACAAUCAAUUUACCGGACAUUAUGGUAACGACUUUCCUAAAGCCGUUGGGGUGACAUUCUUCGAUGUAUCAUUCUUUAUCAUCAUCACCACGAUUGGACUGAACAUCAUCUUUGGUAUCAUUGUGGAUACCUUCUCACAGCUCAGAGAUUCAAAGUGGGAAAUUGACAAAGACAUGCAGACGAAUUGUUUCAUCUGCAGUAGAGAAAGUUACGACUUUGAGAGACAUGGAGGGGGAUUCUUCAAGCACACUAAAGAAGAGCAUUACCAGUGGGCUUACCUGUUCUUCUUCAUCCAUCUGGACGAAACACGGCCUAACGACUACUCAGCCCUCGAGCUGUAUGUCUUCAAAAUGCUGAUGGAGAAGAACUAUGACUUCUUCCCAACCAAUCGGGCACUCAGUCUAGAGAAGGAAGAGGACACAAAUGAGCAGAGAAUGGAGCAUCUGCAGCAGCAGAUUGACUACCUGGUCACAAAGAUGAAAGACCAGGAGGCGGAAUUAUUGAGAGAAAGGGAGAAGGCCAAGCAGCAAGAAUGGGAAAGAACCCACAGAAAAUCAGAGGGCAGAAUUGAUGGCAAGAAAUCAUAAAACAUGGCUACACACCACUUUUGAUUUUGUGGGAGAUCUUUAAGACUUUAAAAUAAAAUAAGUACAGCCAAUUUAUGAUAGAACAAGAUAAAUUUAUAUAUAGUCAUGAAUGUAUAAGCAUAUGUCUUUUUUUUCUCCAUUGAUUGAUGUGGGUUGCUUUAUUUUGCUCAAUUUUGCUCUAUUGAUGUUUUUGAUGUUUUCAUCUAAAAUUUCACAUUUUGCAAGUGUGUGUUCCACGUUUCAAGCCAUCUCCCAUUUUUAGAGUGGCAACUAGCCAUAUAAAAGAGAAAAAAAUACUAGGGGGAAAACUUUUGAAAUGUUGAGGAAAUUUGACAUUAAUUUAGAGAUUUAAGAGAUUUCUGCAAUUGUAUUAACUUACAAUAAAGCAAUUUAAUAAAAUCAAAGUUGUUUUAAGUAAAAUGUAAAUAAAUUGAAUCAAAUGUAGAAAAAUGGGGAUAAAUUUAACUAGGAUUUAAAUAUAAUUGUGAAUGUGACUAGAAUAGUAGUUAGAGAAAUGUCUGGGGAACUUGAUUAAGAAAACUCUGAGUGGCAAUCCUUCUUACAUUUUAUUGUUAUGAGAUUUACUUGUCAUAGUUUAAUCUUGUAGAUGAAUGUUGUAGUGCCUUUAUUGACAGUUUUUAUAUGACAUAUGCUUGUCUUUUUUUACAAUCCAAAUUGUCAAAAGACUUUUAUCAAAUGGGACAAAACAUAAUCUCUGUAUUUUACGUAUACUUAAAUACAAGUACAUGUAUUUAAGUAUAAAGAUAUGGCUUUUGUCAGAAUGUAAAUGUACUGCUUAUUGCCAUCUUUUUGUCUGUGAUAUUUUAUUUACAUGAGAAUUUUGCAUGACAUACUAACAAUAAUUUGAAGAAAAAAUGUUUGUUUGCUUCUCAAAAUGUAUAUUGAUAUUAAUUAUAAUUGUCGAAUUGUUUAAAUACAUGUUUGCUUUUUACGUUUUUGUAAAAUAUAGUUAUUGUAUCUAUUUAUAUUUCAUUGUUCCAUUGUCUGUGAUACACUGUUUUUGUUUACUUCAUAUUAUGAACAUUGGGAAAAAGUGAUAAAUAUAAUAAUGUUUUUAGCUCUUCUGACCUGAUUGCUCAGGUGAGCUUUUGUGACUGGUCUUUGUCCGUCAGCUGUCUGUCCGUCCACAUUUGUUCGUAAACACUCUAGAGGCCACAGUUUUUGUCCAAUCUUCAUGAAACUUGGUCAGAAGGUUUGUCCCAAUGAAAUCUCGGUCGAGUUCGAAACUGGGUUGUGCCGGUUCAAAAACUAGGUAACUAGGUCAAAAAAAGGAAAAAACUUGUAAACACUGUAGAAGUUACAUUUCAUGCCCAAUCUUCAUGUAACUUUGUCAAAAUGUUUGUCUUAAUGAUAUGUUGGUUGAGUUCAAAAGUGGUUCCAGUCCGUUGAAAAACAUGGCCGCCAGUGGGCAGGGCAGUUUUCCUUAUUUUGCUACAGAAAAACCUUGUAAACACUCUAUAAAUCACCAUUUUUUGCCCAAUCAUAAUGAAAGUUGGUCAAAACAUUGGUUUUAUUGAUAUCUCGGACGAGUUUGAAAAUGGUCCAGAUCGGUGAGAAAACAUGGCAGCCAGUGGGCGGGGCAUUUUUCUCUAUAUGUAUAUAGUGAAAACAUGUGAACCCUCUAGAAGUCACAUUUUUGGCCCAAUUUUCAUGAAAUUUGGUCAGAACAUUUGUUUUCUUGAUAUGAGAGUUGAGUUCGAAAAUGGUUCCGGACAGUUGAAUAACAGGGCUGCUUGGGGGGGGGGGCAGUUUUCUUAUAUUUAUAUAGUAAAAAAAGCUUGUGAACACUCUAGAAGUCUCAUUUAUUAUCCUAUCAUCAUGAAACUUGGUGAAAAGAUUGGUUUUAUGUAUAUCUCAGAUGAGUUUGCAAAUGGUCCCGAUCUGUCAAAAAACAUGGCUACCAGGGGGGGGGGGGACAGUUUUUCUUGUGUGACUAGAGAGAAACCAUGUGAUCGAACACUAUAGAAGUCACAUUUUUCAUGAUAUUUAUUUUUGUAAGCAAAGUUUGAUGUUUGGUAAGGGGGGUCAACUCAAAAUAUAGGUCACCAGGUCAAAUCUUACAAAAACAAAAACACUCCAUACGCCAGAGUUUUUGUUCAAUAAUGAUGAAACUUGACCAGGAUGUUUUUCUGGACAAUAUUUAGGUCAAGUUUGAUGUUUGGUAAAGAUUGAAUGAACCGACUCCUCUCAGGUGAGCGAACUAGGGCCAUCUUGGCCCUCUUGUUAUGUAUUGCACUAUGCCAUAUAUGUGUUUUCCGGACUUUUCUUACUACGGAAAAAAUGGGAUAAAUUAAUAAAGGGCAAUGACACAUAUGGAUGUUAAAAAUUUGACAUAAAUGAUGUGAUGUUAUAAUGCUCUUUUGUCCGAUAAGGAAAUUGGCUUUAAUAUGAAAUAACAAGAAUGAUUAUAUAAAGGUGUUGAGCUCAAAAGUCAGGUUUAUAGAUUAUUUUAUAAAUGUCCCUGUUUUUACUUUUAAAAAUAUUGACAUGUAUGACUUACAUUAGAUAAAAAGAUCAAUACUGGACCUUGGGACCAUGCUAAAAAAUGAAGCAAGGUCUGGAUAUAAAUGGAUCUGUCAUGUAUGUAUGAUUACUCUGGUAAAUGGACAUUAACCCUUUGUAUAUAAGCCCCUUUGUCUUAUAAUUCAUAAGCAGACAAAAAAUACAUAAAUAUUUCUGUUUAUUCUGAAUAUAUGGAAAUUGUUAUCUUGUUCAAGUCUUCCUGUCCACUUUGCUACUUUGACACCUUCCAUGUUGAAUAUUAAUUUAAAAAAAAAACACUCUCUAGCAACUUGAGGCAUUUACAAGCUUCAUAAGUCAUUUAAUAUUCUACCACAUGUUAAAAUGUAUAAAAUAUAUGAAAGAGAAUCAAAUUUAAUUUGAAUGGUUAAGCAUCAAGUAUGGACUGAGUCAUAUGAUAAAACUAAGUUAUCUUUUCAUGGAAAAGAAUCAUUGCAGCUCAAGCACAGUUUACAUGUGAAACUAUGACAAUCACAGUUGCUUAUGAUAUUGUCUUUAAAUAAAUGAAGAAUUGAACAAGCUGCAUGAUGUAUUGUCCCAGUGAGUAAUUUUAUUGUAUUUGGACUAUUAUCACAUACAUUUCAAUGUUUAUAUAACUAGCUCAAGUUUAAAUAAAGCAUACAUGCCAAACGUGUAGAAAUUGUCCCGCUGUCCCGGAAAUCUGUCAAAUGUCCAGGAAUUUACAAAAUCCAUUUAUACAUGUACCUUAUCUUAGGCUUAACUGCACCUCGAAUCUGUGUAUAUCUGCAGCGUCUCCAUGACAAUGCCUACCCGAAUAGGCAGACUAUGCUACGUGUCAAAAUAGAUCAAUUAACAGGGGUCCUGUUAUCGUAAAGAAAGGUUGAUAUUGUCCCGUUUUUGUAGAAAAAACUAUCUUUAUGUAUUUACUAUCUUUAUGUAUUUACAUUCAGUUUUAAAAUACAUUUAUGUACAUAUGUUUUGUUUUGCAAGUUAUGGUAUUGUGAAAGUGGUUUAUAUGUCAUUUUGUUCAUUUUGAGCAAUAUUUACUGAUUGUGCACAUUUUUCUGUAUUCUAAUUUCUGCAUCAUUAUAUAUUUUUAUGGCCCCCUGCAAAGAAAAAGGGGUGUACUGUUUUACUGGAUGUCGGUCUGUCGGUUGACCAAUUCCUUUCCGAUCAAUAACUCGUCAACCAAUUGACCGAUUGGCUUGAUACUUCACAAGUGCAUUGGCCUUGCACAGUAGAUGAAUCCUAUUAAAAUUGGGGUCACUAGGUCAAAGGUCACUGUCACAAUAAGUGUGAAUAUUGUUUCCGAUCAAUAACACGUCAACCAAUUGACUGAUUGGCAUGAUACUUCACAUGUGCAUUGGCCUUGGACAGUAUAUGACCUUUAUUCAAAUUUGGGUCACUAGUUCAAAGCCUUUUUGAUGUGGUUUCUGCAAAGUGAUGUAUAAAGAUGUGUAUAAAGUUUUUACGUAUUGGUUUGUUACAAUUACAAUUUUGCAUUGUAACAUUACUGGUGUUUAUCAUUAGAGUGCUUCUUGAUUUCACGAAUGUAUGUUAUACAGCAACUGUAAUUUUACAAAGAAUUAAAAAAAUAUUGAUGUAGUUCAACAACAUGAAGCUCAUGACUUGUCAAUUUCUCAAUUUCAAAAUUGUUGCUUAGCUUUUGGUUACAAACGUUUUGUUUGAAUAAAGUAAUAAGUUUGUAUUUUCAUUUUCAUUUUAUUUGCAUUCAAUGCACAUACAGUUGGUUGAUUCUUAUUUUUAUCAACCCUGCUUAAUAAAGUAUUAGUGUUCUGCUUUAAGCGCUCUAAAUGCAUGUUUCUUGUGAUUUCAUUUCUUGUUGUCAGUUAACAUCGGUUUAUUUAUAUCCAACAGCAUACGAAAGUUGUAGAAAGUAAUUGAACCAAAAUUUAUAAUUCUAUAUCAGAGACGUAGUUAACAUGUAAGAUGUGUUUUAUCAAAAUUCUUUAUCGCAUAGACUGUGACAUCUAAACCAGAAUAGCCGUUCAGUUAAAUGUCAUCAAAGAAUGAGUAUUUUGUUGUUGUUUAUUUAAUUUUAUAAUAAAUAAAAAUGUUGGCCAAAAUUAUAUGUGAUGAUUUUCACAGUUAACUAAAUCAGUUGUGUUUUUUUAAAUAAAAAUAUAUGGUU